AUGUCUAGGUUUCGAUCAAUCUGGCAAGCCUCUUUGAAUGCCACCAAGAAAGGUCUCUCCUCCGCUUCUUUAGAGAUUAGUGAAGUGGACAAUGGAUUGAAAGGUGUGUUCUCUGGGAAUCUAUCAGUAGAUCUAGCUGAGGAUUCUAAGUGGAACAUACGUAGGGGUGGCUUUUGUGGAAUGCGUUCCAAGAAGUUUGAUGGUUUCAUUGAUCUCGAUUCAUAUGAUACGAUUGCACUAAAGCUUAGAGGUGAUGGAAGAAGCUAUAUAUCAACUAUUUAUACAGAGAAUUGGGUUAAUUCGCCCGGACAGCUAGAAGAUAAUUCCUGGCAAGCUUUCGUUCAUGUACCGAAGGACAACUGGUACAUUGCAAAGAUUCCACUUGCUCGAUAUCUACCGACUUGGAGAGGGAAUGUCAUAAACGCAGAGAUGGAGAUGAAUCAAGCCCGCAUUCUUGGCAUCUCGCUCUCUGUCAAUGCAGAAGGUGGUGUCCCUGGUGCCAGAACUGGUACCGGUGAUUUCAAGGUUGAGCUCGACUGGAUCAAAGCCAUUCGAACGGAGGAAUAUACCUGA